AUGCCUAGGUUUCUGUUGGACCUUGACGAGCAUUUGCUUCGUGCACUCGACCAUGUCUGUCACGAAAACCAAACCACCAGCUAUCCCGUUUCCCGAGGGCGCAACUCAGAGGAGUUCGUUUUCGAAAGGUAUCCGGAGCUUGCCUCUGAGAUAGAACACGAUAGGCGCCAGCGAAUUGAUGCCAUGCGGAUCAGGUCUCAUAUCAAUCGAAUCGAAGCCCUUGAAGGCAAACUGCGAGCAAUGAAUAUCGAGAAGGCAGCCGAAUCACCACUAGCACAAAAGGCUAAACCUCAUGAAUUUGGAGACAACCUGGCUAUUGUCGCCCAGAGUCCAGCUCUCAAACCGAAGCAGUCAAGCAAUGAUCUCAUGUUCCAAAUGGAUGAUGACAACAUACUGUCACCCAGUGACUCAAUCAAAGGCAAAGCAGCGGUGCGAAGUAUCCGACAGAACGAUGUGAAUGAGAGUCGCUCACGCUUGGACUCGCCGACCCCGCGAGCUGGGAUGGUGGAUGCAGGGUCAUUUGGCGAUCAGAACUAUCUGGACAGGCAGAUGGCUUCUUCGCAAGAAACAGCUCUCGGCGAGUCCCCAACUGAGUACCGAGCUGCUGCCGUCAAGGAUAAAAAUAAUGGACUACCUCCAGCGACGUCUUCCCAAGGAGCCUGGACUUCAUCCGAUCUCUCGACCUCGAAGAAGAAUCUCAAGGACAUCAUGAGCGAGGCUUCCGAAACUCGGGUGUCUAAUUUGAGUCUAGGCAUGUCCGAUCGCCGAGAAAACAGUAGCAACUUGGCUCCAAAGCUGUCGCAGAAAGAACGCAAGAAGAUCCAACAGCAGCAGAUGCAGGAGAUGCUUGCUGCGCAGCAAAAAGCCAAAGAAGCACCCCAGAACCCCUGGAAGCUGCCUGAUCCGAACAAGACCCCAAGCAAACCGUCACCUUUUGCCAGCACUAAUGGAGAAAGCCCAGCCUCCGAGGCAGCCAAGUCAUCUCAGAAGUCUUCGAUGACUCUUCGCCAAACAGUUGCCGGAACACCGCCACCCCCGAGAGCAAGCCCGGGGGCAACAACGCCGGUUCAGAUCCAGGGCCGCAGUGCGUCUGCCAGCGCUGGGCCGCCACCGAGAUCAUCAAUUUCUGGCCCCUCAGCGGCACAACCACCCUCGUCGUCUCCGAAUCCAUCAGCCAAUCCCCAGCGUGCCCCCAAGUCAAUCCGACACAUUCCACGUCCCGAGCCAUACAAAACGAGCUUUCACUCUGACUCGCCCAAUUCAAUGUCAUUGGCCGCCAUCCUGAUGCAACAACAAACCGAAAAGGACGAGAUUCGAGAAGCCGCCACCGCCAAACACAACCUGGAAGACAUCCAAGCCGAGCAACAAUUCCAAGAAUGGUGGGACAAGGAAAGUCGCCGAAUCCAAGGUCUCCCUGACCCGGAAGACCCUGUCCCUCAACAAGAAGGUGAAACUCGCGGCGGCGGAUCAGGUCGAGGAGGUCGAGGAGACCGAAGUAAAGGGCCAUCCGGACAGCAGCGCAAGAGACGCGGCAAACCCACAUCCACACCCCAUCCCCCAUCUUCGACUCCUGCAGGAACUUCCAGUCCCGGCGUCUCUGCCUUAUCUCAACAACUUCCACGGAACCCUAAACCCGAUGGGUCUGCCUCCCAGAAACAAAAACCCCCUUCUGGACCCCGUCGGGAGAACAAGCCCCGCUCAGUAUCAUCUGGCGGGAAACAACCCCCCGAGUCUACUCCCCCUGCUGGUCCUGCUGCCGCUGCUACGGGCAACCAUCCCCGUCGUGGUGGUAGAGGUGGCGGCGGUGGCGGCCGAGGUCGAGGCAAGGACCGGGGAGAAAGACAUGGUCAUAAUUCCCAGCCUGCUCCUACUCUUACGCCUACCUAG